AUGGGUAUUACCAGAGAUUCCCGCCACAAGCGCUCUGCUUCGGGUGCCAAGCGUGCUCAAUUCCGCAAGAAGAGAAAAUUCGAGUUGGGUCGUCAAGCUGCCAACACUCGUAUUGGAGCUAAGCGUAUUCACGAAGUCCGCGUUCGUGGUGGUAACCAAAAGUACCGUGCUCUACGUUUAGAAUCUGGUAACUUCUCCUGGGGCUCUGAGGGUGUUGCCAAGAAGACCCGUGUUAUCCAAGUCGCCUACCACCCCUCCAACAACGAGUUGGUCCGUACCAACACUUUGACCAAGUCUGCCGUUGUCCAAGUUGAUGCUGCUCCUUUCCGUGUUUGGUAUGAAACUCACUACGGCAUCUUGAUGGGCGGUAAGGGUAAGAAGGCUACUCCUACUGCCACCCCCAAGUCCAAGCACGUUCAACGCAAGCUCGGUGCUCGUGUCGGUAACUCCAAGGUUGACCCUGCUAUGGAGUCCCAAUUCGCUGCUGGCCGUUUGUACGCUUGUGUUUCUUCUCGCCCCGGCCAAUCUGGUCGCUGUGAUGGCUAUAUCCUUGAGGGUGAUGAGUUGCACUUCUAUCUUCGUCGUAUGGCCCCCAAGAAGUAA